AUGAAGAAAAGCAUUCUUAACAUCAAGUUGACGGAGAGAUUACCAGCGAGAGACUACAAGACUCAGAAUGGUACAAACAGCGGCGUGCUUGACAACCGGACUAAAGAUUUCAGAAGUCAAGACCCAGUUGUUGGUGGAAACUUUGACAACCAGGCGGGCCUUGUAGAGUUCAAUACUACCAUUAGAGUUCCACUUAUUCCGAAAAAACCAUUUACAGCCAACUGGAGCAUGCAGGGCGGAAUGAGGAACUAG